AUGACGGCAGCUAAAUUGAUCAGCCUACUACUGUUUAGCUUCCUGUACUGGUGUCAGACCGGGAUUGACGGCAAAAAGUACAACUUUACGUACGAUCCCAAGGAGCUCGAGUGUCCGGGCAACGAAACGCACGAAAAAGUGAUGCUGUCGGCCUACCGGCCGAUGUUCGACAGCGACAACAAACGUGACUUUAGCGACGCGAAGUUGAAAAAGUUGUACUCGCUGCAGGAUUUUCUGGACAACCGUGCCCCGUACGUGACGAUCGGAAUGGAUCCGAAGCUUAACAUUCCGUACGGCAAGACGGCCUGCAUUCCGGAGCUGAACGUGCACUUCCGGCGCAACAUUAAGCUACAGGUGCGGGAUACCCACGAGGAUCUAUCCGGUGGAGGCUAUCGGCGGAUCGAAAUUUGCGUUCGCACUCAGGCGGACAGUUUCGAUGAUAUUGUCAAUUUGCUUGAUGCCAGUGUAGUGUUUUGA